AUGGAGGAAAAUGAACCACAAAUGGGAGAUACAACACCAAUUCGUCCACCGGUGCCAUUCCCUCAAAGAUUAAAGGCUUCGAGAAAUGAUAAAGAAUUUGAGAAGUUUGUUAACAUUUUCAAACAAUUACAUAUUAAUAUACCUUUUGUUGAUGCUAUUUUGCAGAUUCCUUCAUACACAAAGUUUCUCAAUGAGAUAAUGACUAAGAAAAGGAAGUUAGUAGAUAGUGAGACAAUUGCAUUAACGGAAGAAUGUAGUGCCAUCAUACAAAAUAAAUUGCCACCAAAGUUGAAAGAUUCAGGGAGUUUCACAGUUUCUUGCACUAUUGGUAAUGUAGAAUUUUUUAAAGCACUUUGUGACCUUGGUGCAAGUGUUUCAUUGAUUCCUUUAACUGUGACUAGGCAAUUGGGGUUGAAAGAGUUAAAGCGUACUAACAUUUCCUUGCAAUUGGCUGAUAGGUCUAUUAGACAUCCAAUGGGCAUAUUAGAGAAUGUGCUCAUUAAAGUGCAGAAAUUCAUUAUUCCUGUUGAUUUUGUUGUUUUAGACAUGGAGGAAGAUGUAAAUAUACCUAUUAUACUUGGUAGGCCAUUUCUGGCCACCGCAGGUACAAUAAUAGAUGUUAAACGUGGUAAGUUCAAGUUCCAAAUAGGUGAAAAUGAAGUGGAGUUUGAUUUGAGUAAAAUGGAGAAGUAUCCCUCUUUUACUGACCAUAUUUAUUCUGUUGACAUAUGUGAUGAAUUGGCAUUAGAGAUGAGUCAAGUUAAUUUUGAUGAUGAUUCUCUUGAACUUUGUCUUAAUGGUGUAUGUUUACAAGAGGAGCAAGUUGCAGAAAUGACUGAAUUUUUGCAGGCACAGGUUCCUUAUAAAAGGAGAAAUGCAUAUGAGGAGUUAUAA